AAAAAAAAAGGGGUUGCAUAUAAGAGAGUGAUGGUCAUGCAUGGUACUCAGAAGGCUUUAAUGUCCAUCUGGGAAUUUAUUUUUGUUCAGUUUUCAAGUUCAUUUGUGAGACAAAAAAGUUGCAAGUAAGAGUGAUUGUAGAAGAAAUGAUGAUGGAAGGGGGUUGUUCAGGCAAGAAGAGAGCAUGGCCUAAAGAUGACUUCACUGACGUGGUUUUGAAAUGGUCCCUUCAUGACAUUUUUAAUGAGAAUCGAUACAAAGAUCAGGUAGAGUGGAUACCUGAAUUAUUUGAAUCAGUAGGGAAUUACCUUGGCUCUUACAUCUACCCUUUAUUGGAAGAAACACGAGCACAGCUCGCUUCUGCUAUGGAAUUUAUACAUCAGGCACCAUUUGCUGAAGUACAAAUUCUCGAGGAAGCAAAAUCUUGUGGAAAAUUUCUAUACGAUGUUAAAGUUGAUCAAUGGAAAAACAAAUUUGUUGACCAUGGUAAAGAGCUUUACAAAGUAUUGCCGGGUGAUAUUCUUGUUAUUUCAGAUUCAAAACCUGAAACCAGUUCUGACCUCCAAAGGUUGCACUGGUCAUGGACAUUGGCAUCGGUAACUGACAUUAAAGGUGAAGGCAUUGAUGAGAGCACUUCAUCAACUAAGUUUAAGGUCAAGACACCGGAAGACAUGCCAUUCAAGGGUGGGAAGCAGGACUGGCUUUACGUGGUUUACUUGACAAAUACUAUGACAAAUAAAAGAAUAUGGAAGGCAUUGCAUUGGUUCAAAAAUUUGACGCUUAUUGAGAAGGUUCUUUGCUCUAAUGCCAUGGUUGAAGAACAGUGUGAUUCUUGUUCAGUAAAUCACACUGGACAAUUGUCUGAAAGUUUUGGAUCAGAUUUAUACUCUCAGAUGAAUGAAUCCCAAACCGAAGCCAUAAGGGCGUCUCUCCAUAAGAUGACAUGUGACCAGAAUUCUCACAUUGAACUCAUUUGGGGUCCGCCGGGGACCGGGAAAACCAAAACAGUAAGUCAGAUGCUCUUUAUCCUAUUAAGAAUGAAUUACAGGACUCUUUGUUGUGCCCCAACCAAUGUGGCAGUAAAAGAAGUUGCAUCUCGAGUGGUCAAACUGGUAAAAGAGGCAUAUGCUGCUGACUCUGAAAAAUGUGAUCCAUUUACUCCAUUGGGAGAUAUUAUAUUAUUUGGAAAUAAGGAUCGACUAAAAGUUGCCCCUGAUAUUGAAGAUAUAUAUCUUGACUACCGCGUGAAGAGGCUUGUUGAGUGCUUUGCACCAUCAAAUGGUUUGAAACAUUGUGUGCGUUCUAUGAUUGAUUUGCUUGAGCACGGUGCCUCACACUACCAUAUCUUUCUGGAAAAUGAGCUGAUCAAAACCAAGGAAAACAAAGAUGAAGCUCCAAAAGAUAAGCCACAGUCAUUUCUAGAAUUCAUCAGAGCACGAGUAAAAGCUAUUUUACCAUCCCUCAGAAGAUGUCUGAUUACAUUCUGCACUCAUGUACCAAAAAGUUUUGUUGCAAAACAAAAUUUUGAAAACAUGGUACAUCUGAUUUAUCUACUUGAGUCUUUGGAGAAGGAGCUUUCUGAAAAGGUUUUGACCUCUGAUAUACUGGAGAAGCUCUAUUCUUCUAGCAUAAUGGUGGAAGAUUUUUCCAAAGCAGUCACAUGUACCUUGUUUCUGCCAGAUAUUAGAAGCAAGUGUCUCUUUGUCCUAAAAACUGUUCAUUCAACUCUUGAAAAUCUGGGCAUCCCAGCCGCUGUGAAUGAAGAAUCAAUAAGGGAACUCUGUUUCCAAAUGGCUACCUUGGUUUUCUGCACUGCUUCUACUUCCUACAAGUUGCACAGGACAAAUGUGGAGCCACUUAAAGUGCUGGUCAUUGAUGAGGCUGCCCAAUUGAAAGAGUGUGAAUCCCUUAUACCACUUCAACUACCUGGUUUGAAGCAUGCUAUUCUUGUUGGUGAUGAGUGCCAGUUGCCAGCAAGCGUUAAUAGCAAGAUAUCUGCCAAUGCCGCAUUUGGAAGAAGCUUAUUUGAAAGGUUGAGUUCAUUGGGUCAGCCAAAGCACCUGCUUAACAUUCAAUAUAGAAUGCAUCCAUCUAUUAGUUGCUUCCCAAAUUCUAUCUUCUAUUCGGGCAAGAUCAUGGAUGCACCUGAAGUUAGGAGUAAAAUGCACGAAAGGUAUUUUCUUCGGGAGAAAAUGUUUGGUCCCUAUUCAUUCAUUAAUGUCCCAGGUGGAAAAGAAGAUAGCGAUGGUGAUGAUUACAGCUUGAGAAAUAUUGUUGAGGCGGCUGUGGUGGUAAAGAUAGUUCAGAAGCUGUACAAAGCUUGGAAUGGAUCUGAUACAUCUCUAAGUGUUGGGGUAAUAUCACCCUACGCUGCUCAAGUUGCACUGGUUCAAGAAAAACUUCGUCACAAGUUUGAAAAUCUUGACAAUUUUGUUGUGACAGUAAAAUCUAUAGAUGGAUAUCAGGGUGGGGAACAAGAUAUUGUUUUAUUAUCUACUGUAAGAGCCAAUAAUAAAGGGUCUAUUGGUUUCCUAUCUAGUCCUCAGAGAACCAAUGUUGCUUUGACAAGAGCUCGGCACUGUCUUUGGAUCUUUGGAAAUGUGGAUACACUGACAAAUACUCUAUCAGUUUGGAAAGCAUUAAUUUGUGAUGCUAAGGCUCGUGGUUGUUUCUUUAGUGCUGAUGAGGAUGCUGAUGUAUCAAACACGAUUUUGGAUGUGAAGAAAGAGCUGGAUCAGAUGGAGGAUUUGCUUAAUGGGGAUAGCACACUUUUCAAACAGCAACGGUGGAAGGUUUUAUUUAGUGAUGACUUUCAGAAAUCAUUUAGAAAGAUGACUUCCACCCGCAUGAAGAAGUUAGUCCUAAACCUGUUGCUUAGUCUUGCCAGUGGCUGGCGACCUAAGAAAAUAAAUGUGGACUUAGUUUGUGAAAGAUCUUCACAGAUUGUGAAACAUUUUAAGGUUGAGGGGCUCUAUGUGGUGUGCUCAAUAGACAUUGUUAAGAAAUCAAAUUACAUGCAAGUCUUGAAGGUGUGGGAUAUAUUACCUCUGGAGGAGAUCCCAAAGCUGCUGAAACGUCUUGAUAACAUUUUCAACAUGUAUACUGAUGAUUUCAUCAAUCAAUGCGAACAGAAAUGUCUUAAAGGGAGAGCAGAGCUUCCAAAGUGUUGGCCCAACUCAUCAAAGAUAAUCCGACAUAAGAACAUGAAUAAUGGCAAAUCUGUUGCAGAUUCUACUGAUAGCACCUUGGAUGGAGGAUGUUAUGCUGAAAAUUCGAGAGUUAGCGAAAGCUUGCAACUCAUGAAGUUUUACUCCCUAUCACCUGGUGCUGCGAGUCAUUUACUUUUCAGUCGUGAUGGUCAGGAAUUGGAUCUGCCUUUUGAAGUUACAGAUGAAGAGUGGGAAAUUAUUCAAUUCUGCAAAAGCAGCUUCAUCCUUGGGCGAUCUGGCACAGGGAAAACUACUGUCCUGUCCAUGAAGUUAUUCGAGAAAGAACAAAUCUACCAUAUUGCUUCGGAAGGAUUUACUACAGCUGAGAAUAGUAUGUCUACGAGCGUCUUGAAGAGAACUGAGUUUGAUCACUCUACAGGAGUGACGAGGGAGACAUUUUUGCGCCAGCUUUUUGUGACAGUAAGCCCAAGACUAUGUUCUGCAGUCAAACAUCAUGUUUCCCGUCUGAUAAGUGUUGCUUGCAGUGGAAAUUUCCCAUCUGAAACCAGUUUGAAUGAUGCCGAAGAUGUGGAAGAUAUAGAACAGUUUAAAGAUAUACCAGAUUCUUUUGUUGGCAUUCCUUCCGAAAAGUACCCUCUUGUCAUUACAUUUCAUAAGUUUUUGAUGAUGCUUGAUGGGACAAUCGGUGAUUCAUAUUUCAGACGAUUUCCUGAGAUGAUGAAGAUAAUGGACUAUUCUGUUGGUAUAAGUGGAAAUUUCAGAUCUGCUGUUCUGCAAUCUCUCUUACGAAUGAAGGAGGUAAAUUAUGAGAGGUUUUGUUUCCAUUAUUGGCCUCACUUCAAUUCACAACUGACGAAGAAUCUUGAUUCUUCAAGAACAUUUACGGAGAUAAUAUCUCACAUUAAAGGAGGCUUGCUAGCUGGGGAAGCCCCUGAUGGUAAAUUGAGCAGGCAAGAAUAUGUUUCCAUGUCUAAUAGUAGGGCAUCAACCCUGAGCUCAGAUGAGAGAGAGCUGAUCUAUACUGUUUUUCAAGCUUACGAGAAGAAGAAAUUACUGCGUGGGGAAUUUGAUUUGUCUGAUUUUGUUAUUGACCUUCAUCUUAGGCUGAAGUGCAAGAGUCUGGAUGGUGAUAAAAUGGAUUUUGUGUACAUUGACGAAGUGCAAGAUCUUGCUAUGAGUCAGAUAGCUCUGUUCAAGUAUAUCUGCAAAAAUGUGGAUGAAGGUUUUGUCUUUUCUGGUGAUACAGCUCAAACUAUUGCCAGGGGUACUGAUUUUAGGUUUGAAGAUAUACGAUCUCUAUUCUAUAAUGAGUUCAUAAUGAAAUCAAAGAGUGACAAAUAUGUUGAAAGAAAAGAGAAAGGACGUAUAUCAGAAGUUUUCAAUUUGCACCAGAACUUCCGUACUCAUGCUGGAGUACUUAAAUUAGCACAGAGUGUCACAGACCUUCUUUACCAAUUUUUCCCUCAAUCUGUUGAUAUUUUGAGACCUGAAAUUAGCUUUAUAUAUGGUGAAGCUCCUGUUCUGCUUAAGCCUAACGAGAGUGCUAUUGAGAUUAUUUUCGGAAAGACUGCAAAGACUGGUAGGAAAGUAGUAGGCUUUGGUGCCGAACAGGUUAUACUAGUCCGUGAUGAUUCUGCUCGCGAAGGAAUUUCUAGACAUGCAGGAAAUCAUGCUCUUGUUCUUACAAUACUGGAAUGCAAGGGUCUAGAAUUUCAGGAUGUAUUACUGUACAAUUUUUUCAGUUCAUCACCUCUGAAGAACCAAUGGAGAGUGGUGUAUGACUUCAUGGAGAAAAAAGAUCUACGUGAUUCUUGUUUCCCUAGGUGCUUUCCUAGUUUUAGUCAUGCAAGACACAGUAUCCUUUGUUCUGAAUUGAAACAAUUAUACGUGGCAAUUACGCGGACAAGGCAGAGACUGUGGAUUUGUGAAGAUAGUGAGGAGUUUGCUGCACCCAUGUUUGACUUCUGGAAGAAGUUGGGCCUUGUGCAAGUAAAGGAGGUGGAUGAAUCAUUUUCACAAACGAUGCUAAUGGCGAGCAGUCCUGCAGAGUGGAAAUCAAGGGGUAUAAAGCUUUACCAGGAGAACAAGUAUCAUAUGGCAACCAUGUGCUUUGAAAGGGCAGGAGAUACAAAUUGGGAGAAACGGGCCAAGGCUGCUAGCCUGAGGGCAACUGCUGAUCAGCUGCGUGAGUCAAAUCCUCAAGAGGCUUGUACAAUACUCAGACAGGCUGCUGAGUUGUUCGACUCCAUUGGCAGAGCUGAGUCUGCUGCUGAAUGCUUCUGUGAUUUGGGGGAUUACGAAAGAGCAGGAAGAAUUUACUUUGAUAAAUGUAGAGAUCCUAAAAAAGCAGGUGAUUGUUUCACUUCGGCUAAAAGUUAUAAACUUGCAGCGAAGGCUUAUGCUGAUGGCAAUUACUUGUUGGAGUGUUUGUCCGCAUGUACUCAGGGUAAUCUUUUUGAAUUGGGAAGGCAAUAUAUUAAGAAAUGGAAACAGGCUGCUCCUGGUGAUGAUGGUGCCGCAAAACAAAGUAAGGAAAUCGAAAAAGUCGGACAAGAGUUUCUGGAGAGUUGCGCUUUGAGCUAUUAUAAGCUCAAGGAUCAUAAAUCCAUGAUAAAAUACGUUAGAGCUUUCCUUACUAUGGAUUCAAGGCGGAAGUUCCUGAAAAGCAUAGGCUGUCUUGAUGAGCUUUUGCUGUUGGAAGAAGAACUUGGAAACUUCAAGGAGGCUGUAGAAAUAGCAAAGUUGAGAGGGGAUUACGAAAGAGCAGGAAGAAUUUACUUUGAUAAAUGUGGAGAUCCUAAAAAUGCGGGUGAUUGUUUCACUUCGGCUAGAAGUUAUGAACUUGCAGCAAAGGCUUAUGCUGAUGGCAAUUACUUGUUGGAGUGUUUAUCUGUGUGCACUCAGGGGAAUCUUUUUGAAUUGGGAAGGCAAUAUAUUACGAAAUGGAAACAGAAUGCUCCUGGCGAAAAGGAAAUCGAAAAAAUUGAACAAGAGUUUUUGGAGAGUUGCGGAUUGAGUUAUUAUAAGCUCAAGGAUUUUAAAUCCAUGAUAGAAUAUGUUAGAGCUUUCCUUUCUAUGGAUUCCAGACGUAACUUCCUGAAAAGCAUAGGCUGUAUUGAUGAACUUUUGUUGUUGGAAGAAGAACUCGGAAACUUCGAGGAAGCUAUAGAAAUAGCAAAGUUGAGAGGGGAUCUGCCACGGGAGGCAGACCUGCUUGGGAAGGCAGGCCAUCUCAAGGAAGCAUCCUUACUCAUCAUUUCAUUUGUGCUUCAUCGCUCUCUAUGGGUGACUGGAAAUAGAGGUUGGCCCUUGAGGCCAUUUCGACAGAAACAAAUGCUGCUAAAGAAAGCUAUGUCAUUCGCACAGGAAGAAUCGAAUGAGUUCUGUGAAUCGAAUGAGUUCUAUGAACGCAUUCGCAGAGAGGUUGAAGUUUUGUCACAUGAGCAUAUUAGCUUGCAUGAGUUGCUUCAGUCUCUCACUUAUUCAGAGCUAUGUAAAAAUCUGACAGUUGAAUUGAUAUCUAUCCGGAGGAUCCUGGAUGCUCAUCUUGAUUGUACAGCACGGAAGUUUGAAUGGGAAGAUGAAUUGCAAGUUGAUAUGAAAAAGCAUUCAGAAGAUAAGAUUUCACUUAACCACAUCUCCGUUGGUUCACUCAUGUAUUUUUGGGAUAUGUGGAGGAGGAACAUGUUAAAUAUCAUGCAAUAUCUCAAAACAGUGGAAAAACCAGAUGAUAAUGAAUGGCUUGAAUAUGGUGAGUUCUGUUUGAACUAUUUUGGUGUGAGGAGGCAGGUCAUCAAUUCAAAUGUAGCAUAUAUACUGUUGAACUCAGAUGCUGAAUGGGUGAAAACAACUGGUUCUGUAUUCAAGCAGAAGCAUCAAAGAGAGAACCAGGUAUCCAUUGAUGGUCGAAAAUUUGCGUCUGCUGCUCUGAGUCAUUGCCAGGCUGAAGUAGUUUCUGUCAGCCUGAAGGUACUUGACACUGUUGAAGCUCUUUAUAAGUUGUCAAUAAGGGAGUCAUUCUCCCUAUUUUGCCAAAGCAUAUGCCUCAUUGAUAUCUAUCAAUUGAUGAAAUUUUUGACUGAAUCAUUCAAAUUCAAUGAUAGUGUUAAAAAGAGGCUAGAAAAUUUCCUGUGGACACCAAUUACGUACUUUAAAUAUGUAUUUCCACUAGACUGUUGCAAAUCAAUGGUAGAAAACAUGAUCUCUUUAAGGAAAACUGAGCUCUCACGGAGUCUACUUGAAGAGGUUAUUGUUGACAAUAUCAGCAACAAGGGUGACCUUACCUACGGUCAAAUUGGGAGGGUGGUAAUGAUUUGGCUUGGAUCUGGAAAACCAACAGAUGAUCUGUACAUGAAGAUAGCAAAAAGAUUUGAAAAGAAUUUUUCCUGGAGAGCAUUCAUUGAUUCUUUGCAAGUAUCUUCAUUAAGGCAUUCUGGGAUAACAGAAUCAAGAUCCUCGGGUGAUCCUUCGUCAAAUACUUCAGGUGAAGAUUGGAAGAAGUUUUCACUGAUUGAUAGCUUCCACGAAGCUUUGAGAGAUACUUAUCUUGCAAAUUGGAGGUCAUAUGACUAUAUAUCACCUGAUUGUUUAAUAUAUCUUGUUGAACGCCUGCUGCUACUUGUAUUUCAUUCCAAGGAUUACUUUUUCACAACAAAGUAUUCUUUUGUGGAAUGGCUUAUUUAUCUUAAAGCAGACAUGUAUCCAGAUGCCGGUUCAGUAGCUGACACGCUGUUGUCUCCUGAAAUCAUAUUUGAUUCUGUUGUUAUGAUGGUUGAACAGUUUCUUUUUAAAAAGCAGGAGACAGCAUCAUGGAUUGCAAAAUCAAAAUUUGGUGUAAAUCAGUAUCAUCCACUACUAGCAUUAAGGCUUGUGGUUAUCUUGUGCUUGCUCCACUUGAACUCAGGCAAGUAUUCUAAUGUUCUUUCUCAUCUGCUUGAUCAGUCUCAUAUUAGUUCGCAGCUGCCAAUGCCAUUCAUUCAGGCACUUAGGCCAAGAAGAAUGCCUCAUUUGACUCAGGAUUGGUUUAGUUUAAAUGCAACUGUAGAAGCAUUCAGAAGGAUUGGAAAUCCUCUUGUGAUUGUGCAUUUGAGAGAAAAUAGUCCAAAAUUCGCGUGUCCUGCAAUCAUCAUUGACACAGCUUUGACACCAAGAAUUGACGACAUCAUGAGAAAUUUGUUCCCAAAGCAAGGAAGUUACCAUCAGCAAAGGCCUAUGGUUGAAGCAAAUGUUCCGAAUUUGUGUGAAGAACCUGUUCAUAAUGCUGAGUCUCUCAUGUCAAUUGACAUUUCUGCAGCACCAGAUCAGAAAAUGAGCUCAGACAGUGGAACUGAAAGCAACCCACAGAUGUACUCAUGCCUUUCUGAAAAAAUCUCUGAUGUGUAAAUAUCAACAGAGAAAAGACAAGAUGAAGAGCUAUCAAGCUGUUCUCCUAAUCUUUCUCAAUUUAAGGAGGAAUUGGAAGAAAGUAUAAGCUUCUUAACUCGUUUCCAGGAGGAAUUGGAAGAAAGUACAAGCUCUUUAACUGAAUGUAAAGAAAUUUCUUCCUUGUGGUAGUGUAAACCAAUUCGGUGAAGCAAGCAGCAUGCUUCCCUAUUUGAUACUAGGUAAAGGGCUGCUUAAUUUUCAUAUUGGUUGGCAAUUGAACCAAGUAGCAGUGAACCAAAGGAACUUCUGCUGCUUUCACGAUUGCAGAUUGUGCAACUUCCCAAGUUUGCUACAUUCAAUACCUGACUAAACAAUUUUUAUGUUUAGCUUUUCAAGUGUCAGCUUUAAUAGUUUACUCGAAGUUUCGUCGAUACAUAGUAUUAUUGUUCUUGAUGUUUUCCCCCACCAGUGAUGUUACACAGACUGGAAACUUGCAAGAAAUUGGAUCACUUCUGAAGAGCUUGCAGUCAAAGAGGCCUAAGCUGGAGGCUUUUCUAAAUCAUUUAAUUUGUGCCGAGGGAAACUGCUUCUGGGAUAGUUUCUGAUGCUGAGAGCCUGAGGAGGAAAAUGAUGGGGGUAAUUGGGAAAGUCCCUGAAGAAAAGGUCAAGAAUUAGCCUUCUGGUGUUGUUUCUGCUUCCCAAAACAAUGACAACAAUAAGGCCUUUCAAAGCAAAGAGGGCAAGGGAAACGAUAAGGAGGAGGACAAAAAUGGAGAGAAAGGAGGUAGAAAAAAGCAAAAUUGUAACAGCUAAAUUGUAUCUCAGGGAUUCAUUCUCAUGUUUUUGGUCUAAUUUUAUGAAUCUCAGGUCUCAGUAAUGGACUUUUCUUCUACUUUUAUUUGGUCUUGAGAAUUAGAAAAGGUUCCCCCAA